GUAUAUAUAUGUGUGCUAGUACAGAGUUUGAUGCUUUUACUCGUAGAGAGCGGAAAAGACGACAACUUUAACGACAUUGGCGCUAUGGGUUUGGCCAGAAAUAUAUUUUCUUUCUCUUCUUCUUAUACUUUUUUUUAAUAUAGGCUGUUGUUGGGCUGCAUGAACACAAGAAAUUAGGAGAUUUUUCUGCUUGUUGGAAUGUUGAUAUUAUUGGGUUUGGCAGUAAUUGAAAGGUUUUGGCUGAUAAAGUGGGGGAUUUGAUUGAUUUCAGGAGGGAAUUGAGGCGGGAUUUGCGUGUUUAUUGAAUUGAUUAUGAGGGUUCUUCAAAUGUAUGAUAAUUGGGGAAAUUGGAAAUGGGAAAUGGGAAUCUUGGAAUUGACUUACUGAAUUAUAGCUAGUGGAAGUGACUGUCCCAGGCUGUUGCUUAGCUGGGAGUUAUUUCUGGAAUCUAUUAGAAGGUUUGACAUUUUUUGUUGAUUCUAACUUGAAGUUUCAUUGGGUUUUGAGAACACAAAAAGAACCCCAGAUCACUGUUGUUUAAUUCUGGGGGUGAAUAGAAGCUGGUGUUGAUUGAUGAUUGAUCUUUCUGCAAUGUGAAAUUGGUUUGGUUAAGAAUGGUUUCAAGAAUUCCUGGCUGGGCUGCAUAUGCUGAUUGUGAUGGGUGAUGUUAAGGUGUGUUUUCAGGUUUAAUCUUGGAGUUUAUAGUUUGAGGCCUGGAUUGUAUUGAAGGGACUUCAUGUUAGGAUCCAGUGUUUACCACUUACGCCAAAAGCUAUAACUGGCAAAGGCGCAACUUUAUUUCUUUAGAGAUCGCCACACAUUUUCGAGACGUUGGGUGUUGGAUUUGGCCUUUACCCUUCACCGACCUCUGGCCAACAGUCCCUCAGCCACCAGGUGCUAGACUUGGUCUUUAUCGGCCUCUGCCCAACGCUUCAAGUUCAGCAUACAAUGGAUGAUGCUUGUUAUAGCGCCAAUGCGUUGCCGCCUUUCCUUGCCAAGACGUAUGAAAUGGUGGAUGAUCCCUCCACUGACCCCAUUGUCUCCUGGAGCCAGAACAACAAGAACUUCAUUGUCAAGAACCCACAGGAAUUUUGCAGGGAUUUGUUGCCUAAAUACUUCAAACACAGCAACUUCUCGAGUUUUAUCAGACAGCUAAAUACUUAUGGAUUCAAGAAAGCCGAUCCUGAGCAAUGGGAAUUUGCGAAUGAGGACUUUGUUAGAGGUCACCCUCACCUUUUGAAGAACAUCCAUAGGCGCAAGCCAGUUCACAGUCAUUCCGCGAAGAAUCUUCAAUAUUCUUCUCCAUUGAAUGAAUCGGAAAGGCAAGGGUACAAGGAUGAUAUCGAAAAGCUAAAGAGUGUUAAGGAGUCACUUCAGUUGGAACUAAAAAGACACGAAGAAGACCAGCGAGGAUUCGCGUUCCAAAUGCAAGGGUUGUCUGAACGUGUGCAGCAAGUAGAGCAACGCCACAAGGGCAUGUUAUCCACCUUAUCUCAAAUGUUAGAUAAAUCAGAGCUCGCUAUAGGCCUCGUGCCUCGAUUGGAAUUACACGAUCGAAAGAGAAGGUUUCCAAGAAACAAUUACAUGGACUAUCAAGAGAGCUCUUCACAAAUUUUGACCACUUCUUUUGUAAAUGGAGAAUGGUUAGAUCGAUUGGAGUCUUCUGUGAUCUUCUGGGAGAAUAUGUUACAAUCUGUUUGUCAAACCGGGAUCCAACUGAAUUCAGCUCUAGAAGUGGAUGAAUCUACAAGCUGUGCAGGUAGCCCAUCUGUAUCACAGCUAAGCGGGGAAGUUGGAGCUAACACUUCUAGAAUCGAUGUAAAUUCAGAGCCUAAUGCAAACCCUGGUCCCAUAAUCCCGACGAAAGAGCAAGCAGAAGUACCAGGGAUAGCCACAAACGUGCCAACCCGAGUAAACGAUGUGUUCUGGGAGCAGUUUCUUACUGAGAAUCCUGGCUCGACUGAUCCACUGGAGGUACAGUCAGAAAGGAAAGAUUAUGAUGGCCGAAAAAGUGAAAGAAAACCAGUUGACCUCGCAAAGUUUUGGUGGAACAAGAAUAAUGUAAAUAACCUUACAGAACAGCCAGGACAUCUUACUCAAGCCGAGAGAACCUGAUUCGGUUGAUUACGUAAUAUUCUUUUCGUAAAUGCAUAUUCUGUUUUUAAAAUCAGGGAGUAGAUAGAGAUAUUGAAUCAUUAGUACCACUAUGCUUUGCACGAUGCUUAUAGUUGAUUCUUAUGCUGUCGCUUACAUUCUACAUUCUAUAUAUAUCAUGCUAAUUUUACGUCUAAUUAUGUUGAUUGAUUGAAAUUUUCCUGCUUGGAAUUGCAAACCGUUGAAUUGGUUGAAGAAUUCUUCUUUUCAUUAGAAGUUACACUAAUAAAUCUGUCAGCUUUGGUUUUGUUUGA